AUGAGCAACGAUCCCACCAUUGGACUGGCAAAUCCAGCUGCGUACUGCAGGGACUUCGUUCGGAAACACGACUACGAAUCGUUUCUUGUGUCACAUUUCUACCCCAAGGCUGCACAAGAUGGGUACUUCGCGAUCAAGGCCUUUUCUGUCGAAUUGGCGACAGUGCAAGACAACGUGUCAAACGCGAUGAUUGGCCAGAUGAGGAUGGUCUUUUGGAGAGACGCUCUAAAGGCGAUAGCUGAUGUGCGUAUUUACGCCCUAAACGAAAAAAGGGGUAGACCCCCGAAACAUCCGAUUGUGCUUGCGCUGUACGAGGCCUCUCAACGCGCCAAUCUACCUGCAUACCAUCUAAGACGGAUGAUUGAUGCACGGCCUCUAACUUUUGGGGGACAGGACGCAGAGCUACAUACGCCAUCACACCUCACAAUAGACUCGGUAACGUCGCAUGCUGAAUCUACGUCAAGCACGGUGCUUUACCUAUUGCUUUCUCUGCUCUCGGUGGGCUCGUCUGCCCUCUCUCAUGCCGCAUCUCACCUCGGCGCGGCACAAACGAUUUCUACGCUCCUCCGUGCUCUCCCAUACCAUGCGAAAAAAGGAGAGAUGAUCAUUCCUGCUGAGAUCACGGCGAAGCACGGAGUGAAGCAGGAGGAGGUUUUUCGGCGAGGACCUGAAGCUCACGGGAUUGAAGAGGCGGUAUUUGAGUUUGCGACGCUUGCGAACGAUCAUUUGAUUACGGCGCGAGAUAUGCUCAAGGAAGAGGGCAUGGGGGGCUCAGUGCCAGCUCGAGCGAUGCCAGUUUUUCUUUCUGGGGUUACGGUAGCGAACUAUCUCGGGCGACUUGAGAAGGCGAAUUUUAACGCAUUUCAAUCAAGACUGGUGGUCAGAGAUUGGAAGCUUGCAUGGCAGAUAUGGAGGAGUUACUAUAUUCGGAGGUUCUAGAUUAAUUUCCGCAUUUGGUAGUCGAUUGACUAAAAUAAUCAAACUCCGAUCUCGAUCUC